UAGUAUUUGAUUAUUUGUUAGCAAUUAAUACAGCCAACAAAAAUAACAUUUUUAAUUAUGGAUAUAGAUGAAAGUAAAACAACAGAUUUAGCUAUUGAAAGCUUAAUUAAGCCAAUUCUGUCAAAAAUUCCCAAUCUGGUGAGAAAAUUACGAUUACGGCAAGUAUCUAAAAGAUGGGGUGAUCUGAUUGAAGAAGUAUUCGAAGAAGAGAACCUAUGGAAAGUAUUAUGUACCAAUGAUUAUAUUUAUCCAUGGGUGUAUAACAUAAUUGAAGUAAUAUUUCAAGAUACAAUAAGAAACUGGUCCAGUGAAUUAUUAUCAAUUGCUUGGAAAAGAAUUUAUUUAUUUUACAAUUAUUGGAGUUUAAAAAUCAUGUCUACAAAUAUACAUUUUGAAUUGAUGAAUUUUGAAGAAUAUGCACCCUUUGAAGGAAAUGUUCAGUCUGUAGAUAUACAUGCUGAUAAGAUAGCUAUCAAUAUCAAAAAAACAAAAAUAAUUAUCUUCGAAGUCAAGAAUGUUAGUCAAGAAUCAUCAAUAAUACCAAUUAAGUUAUCUCAUUUACCAAGCAAUAUACGACUUCAGAGAAGAAAAAUCACAAGAAUAAAAUUAUGGUUCACUGCUACUAAAAAAUGGAUUCUCAUUGUCCACACAUUCAAGAAACCUUCAAAAAGUAGAAGAAUGAUAUAUAUAGACCUCAAUACAAGAAAAAAAUUAUACAAUCCAUUUAAAAACCAAAGAAAUAUUCAUAAUUUCACAUGUGCUAGCCACAGAUUAUUCAUUGCCACAUCUGAAUUAGUAUAUGAAUGCAAAUAUACAGAAUCUAAUAGGCUUGUUUUGGGUAACCACAUUUUCGAAUUUCGAGAUAUAUUUAAUAGAACGGAAAUAGAACAACUCAAUGUUUUAGAAAUGUCAGCUAAAUCUACUUUCAAAGAAGUUAUGGUGUCUUUAUUAAUAAAAACCGCUGCAGAGAAUGUCAGGGUAAUUAACUUAAAAAUUUCAAAUGAUAAUGAUGGCAUAUUCAAACGAAUUGGUUGUGAUAGAGAUAUAAGAAUUCGCGUUACUGAAUCUUUGUUUUAUAUGCCAAUGCCUGGAAUAGUAUUUAUCACUAGUGCAUCAGAAAUGAUUAUUAACUUAUGGUACAAUCUAACAGAAACUCAUAAAUCGAUGGAAGAUGAGAGCGAAAGGAUUGUUCAAUUAGAAGCUCCCUCAGUGUUUGAUGUAAGUCGAGAAAAUGAGUUUCGAUCUUCAAUAAAAUCUGAUGCAGAUCUAUUAAGAUCACCAUUACGAAUGUUAGGAUUAGAUCCAAUGAAAAUAACGUCUAUGUUUUUUUUUUGUAAUGUAUUAUUCUUAGGUACAGAAUCAGGUGCUAUUCAUAUGUAUAUUGCAGACAGUAUUAAGUCAUUUAUACGAAAAGAUUUUUUUAUAUUACCUACAAGGAAACUACAAGUCAGUAAAUAUCCAAUCAUUAACAUCAACGUCAUUGGGCAAUAUGGAACUCUUUUAAUAAUUGCUACUACACCCAAGUUGAUUCAUAUUAGUCAUCUUCGUAAUGAUUAA